UAACCAUUCGCAUUCUGAUAGUCAAGACUGGCACUUUCUGUUCAAGAAAAGUUAUUUUACUCACCGAACUACGAGUUUAUAUUACUCAAGGACACAGAUGCCUUCACUCAGUUCUCAAUUUAACACAAUGUCCAUUUCAUCGGACUUGCUAUACCAACAAAUUCUUAACAACUCGUCGACUGUGCUCUUACUGGAUUGCCGACCGUACAACGAAUAUUCAAAUGCCCACGUUCACACUGCCGUAAACCUUGCUGUACCGUCGCUAAUGCUGAGAAGACUUAAGAAAGGCUGCUCUGUAAAUUUCUCUAACAUGAUCAGCACAGAGGAAGGCAAGCGACGCUUCGCUAAACGCGACCUUAUGGACAAAAUUGUGAUCUAUGAUGGUUCGACGGAUAACCUAACCAACACUGCCUUAGAGCUUAUUAUUCAACGACUCGUUUCGGAAGGCCUUGACAAUAUAUUUUACUUAAAAGGUGGUUUUACAAUGUUCAAAAGCGAUUACCCAAAUCUAUGUGAAUCAGAAGAGUCCGAACAAAGUGGUCCAUCCUACAUUCGCCUUUCCGAUCUACGAAUUACUAACGACGAUUCAAGCCCAUUGAAAACUUGCGCCCCAAGUAGCCCGUUUGACUCAAAAGCCAGGAAAGGUGCCGUCGAAAUUUUACCCAACUUGUACCUCGGGAACGCAAGAGAUGCCUCCGAUUUGAGAGAACUUUUAGACAGAAACAUCACCUAUAUUUUAAACGUAACAAAUGAUAUCCCGAACAAGUUUGAAAAUGACUCGCGAUUCACGUACAUGAAUCUUAGAGUAAAGGACAACUGGCAGACCAACUUGUCCGAUCAUUUUCAAGAGGCUUUUAAAUUUAUUGAUGAGGCCAGACUUGAUGGUAAAGCUGUUCUGGUGCACUGCCUUGCUGGUAUCUCGCGUUCUGUGACAGUAACAACAGCGUAUCUCAUGGAACACGAGCACCUCAGUUUAAACGACGCCUACGACCUCGUGAAACGACGAAAAUCUGAUGUCUCGCCUAACUUCAGCUUCAUGGGACAACUACUGGAGUUCGAACGGCGACUGAAUAUUCCUGAAACGCCAAGUUCUGCCUCUAGCAGUUUAUCAUCAACCAGCAGCUUGGAAAUGGAAAUCAGUGCUUUCUGAACCGUCUUGAAAUGUGCAUCACUGAUCAGCAUAUUGAGAUUGUCCUUUUGAACAGUGAAAUAGUUUCUUCGGACAUUGAAAUUGUUCUAAUGAAGAUUUAAAUUGUUGUUAUGAACAAGAUUUGUUACACUUGUUCUUUCGUACAUUGAAAUCGUUAUUUAGAACUUUGCAAUUGUUUUUCGAAUGUCAAGCCGAAUUUACUUGCUUGAGUGCGAAGAAGGAACUCAUUAUGCAAAACUAUUUUUAAUUAUAAAAUUGAUUGAUUGA